UUGUAGUACCUUUUUAUAUAAAAACAAUAUGCACUCUCAUUGUAUUCUUCAAGCAUUCACGAGAUCUGAGACACCCUUCUUCUGAUGGGAUAUAACUCCACACAACAAGCAAACUCCAACUUCUUGUGAUUGAAUUUUACAACUUUCACCAAAACACACACACACAUCAUUCCCAUAAUGCUUACUUUCCUCCUACUCAUCCUUCUAACAUGCACCCACCAUCAUAUCUCCACACAAACUCACCCACAACCACCACUCACCAUGGACCCAACCGAGCUACAAACCCUCUACAACAUCAUGGAAACCCUAUCUUCUGACCGAGAGUGGCGAACCACUUACCCUAACCCAUGUGAACCUUCCACUUCAUGGGUUGGAAUUGAAUGCAAACCAGGUGUUUCAGACUCACACCUUCAUGUCACAAGGCUUGACUUUGGCACCCCACCAAACCCUACUUGCAAAAACACUUCCACUUUCCCUUCACAAAUCUUCCAACUUCCAUACCUUCAAUCCAUUUUCUUUUUUAACUGUUUCACCAAAACCAAAACAACUAUUUCUAUCUCCAAAACCAAAACUAGACCUUCUUGUUUGCAACAACUAAGUCUUAGAUCAAACCCUAGUCUUGUUGGCUCUAUCCCUUCAGAACUAUUCUUGGCUUUAUCUUCUCUUCAGAUACUUACAGUAUCUCAAAGCGAGAUAUCUGGCGCGAUCGCGCCAGAGAUCUCAAACUUGAACUCACUUGUUCAUCUUGACUUGACCUAUAACCAACUCGGCGGGAGCAUUCCCGCCGAGUUGGGUAAGCUCAAGAAUCUAGUGGGACUGGACCUGAGCUAUAACGCGCUUACAGGUCCAGUCCCACACACGAUUGGACAAAUGGGUAUGCUUCAAAAGCUCGACUUGAGCUCGAACUUGCUCACAGGAAAUGUUCCAAACAGCAUUGGGGAACUGAGUUCAUUGGUGUUUAUGGCACUUAGCAACAAUGGGCUUCAUGGGAAACUGCCUGUUGGAUUUGGGGAUUUGAAAGAACUAGAGUAUUUAAUAAUGGACAAUAAUCCGAUGUCGAUCGAACUCCCAACGGAGUUCGGUCGACUUCUGAAGCUACGAGAGCUUCGGCUUGCCAACUCUGACUACUCCGGCGAAAUUCCGGCCAGCUUUUCUCAACUGUUGAACUUAACUACAUUGUCUCUUGAAAACAACCGGUUGACCGGAAACAUUCCGGUGGGUAUUGCGAAUCUUUCGCAUAUUUAUCACUUGAAUUUGAGCAAGAACUUCUUGAGCGGAGAGAUACCGUUUGAUUCAAGUUUCUUGAAGAGAGUGGGUGAGAAUUUGGACUUAAGUGAGAAUAGUGAGUUGUGUUUGAAUCCAAUGCAAGCAUAUGAGUGUGCAAAGCUUGGAGUUGAUGUGUGUAAUAGAAGCAAUAGACGUGUGGGCAAUAGCGGUUCUGGGGUGAAGCCAUUGAAGACAUCUGAAGGUCGAGUAGUUGAAGUUAGUAGGAAACAUUUAUUCUUUGUUUUUCUUGUUUUUUGGUGUCUUGGAUUUUAUCACUAAUCUAUUUAUAAUAUAAACUUGAUUUAGUCGUGUUUUUUCUAA